AUGGAGGAGAAAAGUUUGGCCACAAGCAAAGAACCUUCUAUAGCGGAGUUGCCCAAACAUAUACUUUCUCUCAUCGCUAUGCAAGGCGCACUCCUUUCGCUGAAGCAGCAGAGAGCCGGAAUGGCAUCUCUACUUGACAUAGACGAUCCAAAUGUUGUGAGGGUUAGUGUUGCCUUGACCUUUUUUGGCGGGUCAUCAAUUGGCGCUGCUUACAUACUUGAAGCUCGCCCCAACUCAAACUGGGGAAAAUUCAUGAGCAAGCUUAGCCUCCUUUUUGGAGCUCUUACCUACAUUUUGGUAUUGGUGAUCCUACUGCCGGCUUUAGAGAUACCUACCCUCCUCUUCUGGAUCAUUUGUUUUGUGAGCUUUAUAGCUGUUUACUCGUACCCAUACCUCAAAACAUUGUUUACAGGUGCAGUUGGAGCCUUUGAAAAUUUGCAAGAGAAUAUCAAGAACAUGAUCAUUGCCCGAUGCUUCACAUCAAAACCUGAUGAAGAGGAGCAAUCUGGACAUGUUCAACAAAUUCCUGGAUCCAUUCCUGCCCUAAUUCAACCACCAAUGUUAGAAUCGCCAUUUUCUAUUAAAGCCAUGGAUGACCAAAUUAUUGAAGAUGAAGUUGCUGCAGCUUUGCAAAACCAACAAUACCAAAAUGGCCGUCACCACCACUUGGAUAUUUCGGAUUGA